AUGGCAGGAGUUUCUUCAAUUAAGGUUUUGACUAGGCAUGGUACCCGCAUGCAGGGCGGGGGAGUACUCCUCCUCUCCCCGUCCCCGAAUCUCUCCUCCUCACUUGGUGGGGGUAUUUUUUGCCCUCCUGUUCCCGGCUUCCCACAGAAACCUACGAGACCUAGAUAUCGUAAUAGAAAGGGUGAUGUCUCUACAAAUGUGUUAGCUGCUUGUGGUCCAGAUUUAAGGUUUAUUUAUGUGUUACCUGGGUGGGAAGGGUCAGCAGGAGAUUCUCGAGUAUUACGAGAUGCAUUACGUCGUCAAAACAAACUUGAAAUUCCAACUGGUAAGUAUUUUCUUGUGGAUGCGGGAUAUACCAAUGGUCCGGGAUUUUUAGCACCAUAUCGAGGGACUAGAUAUCAUCUCAAUGAAUGGAUUGGAAACACCCCUCAAAGUUACAAGGAGUUAUUUAAUCUUCGUCAUGCAAGUGCCCGAAAUGCAAUAGAAAGGUCAUUUGGGAUCUUGAAAAAAAGAUGGAGUAUAUUAAGAACUCCUUCCUUUUUUGAUAUAAAGACACAAAUAAGAAUUAUCAAUGCUUGUUUUGUGUUACACAAUUUCGUAAGAGACGAACAACAAACUGGUCAACUUUUAGAAGUUCAAGACUUGGAAUUCUUAUCUGUUGUUGAUGAAGAGUUAGUCCAUCAAUCAAGGGAAGGAGUUCAAAAUAAUGUCAUAGAUGAUAUCACAACUAUUCAAGCCACCGAGGAAUGGACAAGAUUUCGAGAUACAUUAGCUAUGGAUAUGUUUGCUAACUAUCAAGUUAGGAGAAACUUUGCUUAGGGACAGUUCUUUUUUAAAUGUAAUUUGCUAUUGCAGACAAAC